AUGGAGUCAGAGGAGAACCUGCUGCACACGUUCCUGCUGCUGCUGCUGCUGGGAUCACACAUCACCGUGGUGGGUCCUUCUGCCCCAGAGGAGGGUUGGCAGGUUUACAGCUCCGCUCAGGACUCUGAUGGUCGAUGUGUUUGUACGGUGGUCGCUCCUCAACAGACCGUCUGUUCCAGAGAUGCUCGAACCAAACAGCUAAGACAGCUUCUGGAAAAGGUGCAGAAUAUGAGUCAGUCUAUCGAGGUUCUCGACCAACGCACUCAGAGGGAUCUGCAGUUUGUGGAGAAGAUGGAAGUCCAGCUGAAAGGACUGGAGAACAAAUUCAAACAGGUGGAGGAAGGACAUGAGAGUAACAUCGCCAGGCAGUACAAGUCAAUCAAGGCAAAGAUGGAGGAGUUACGUCCUCUGAUUCCAGUUCUGGAGGCCUACAAGGCAGAUGCUCUGCUGGUACGACAGUUCAAGGAAGAAGCAGCAAAUGUGACGGAGCUGCUGAGCUCCCUGCAGGAGCAGCUGGGAGGUCUGGACUAUCAGGAGCUCCACAGCAGAGUGACAAGCCUGGAGGACCGUCUGAGGGCCUGCAUGCAGAGGCUCGCCUGUGGAAAGCUGACAGGAAUAUCUGAACCAAUCACCAUCAAGACAUCUGGAUCAAGGUUUGGAUCGUGGAUGACUGACCCACUCGCUCCGGCUGGUGACAACAGAGUGUGGUACAUGGAUGGUUACCAUAACAACCGCUUUGUUAGGGAGUACCAGUCGAUGUAUGACUUCAUGACAACAGAUAACUUCACCUCUCACCGCUUGCCUCAUCCGUGGUCUGGUACUGGUCAGGUGGUUUAUAAUGGUUCCAUUUACUUCAAUAAAUUCCAAAGUCACACCAUCAUCAAGUUUGACUUCAGUACAUCACUCAUCAGCCGUUCUCGCCAACUUGACUUUGCUGGCUACAACAACAUGUACCACUAUUCCUGGGGAGGGCACUCAGACAUUGACCUCAUGGUGGAUGAAGGUGGGCUUUGGGCCGUCUACGCUACUAAUCAGAAUGCUGGAAAUAUAGUUCUCAGCCAGUUAAACCCAAAUACUCUGCAAAUCAUCCGUAGCUGGACCACCAACCAUCCGAAACGCAGUGCAGGUGAGGCAUUCAUGAUCUGUGGAACCCUGUAUGUUACAAAUGGGUACUCUGGUGGAACUAAAGUGUACUAUGCCUACUCCACUAACUCUUCCACCUACGAGUACAUCGACAUUCCUCUGACCAAUAAAUACAGCCAUCUAUCCAUGCUAGACUACAACCCCCGAGAAAGAGCACUCUACGCCUGGAACAAUGGCCACCAAGUCCUUUACAACGUAACACUUUAUCACAUCAUACAGUAA